GAAUGAGACUGAAUACAACUAUUGACUGUUCUUUUGGUCUAGGCUUAAGUGACACAGAUCAAAAUCAUAACUGGUUUCAAGAUGUUAGACUACAUCAUCCCGAUCUUAGCCUCAAUGAUGUGAAAAUAUUUGUGCACCAAUUUUGUAAUAAAGAAAUUAACAAUGUUAAAAUUUCAUAUAGUAAAACUACAGAUUAUCAAACUUUAAACAAAAAGCAGAUGAAGAUACUUAAACGAAUUGAGUCGCACUACAAUGUUAUUAUUACAGGUGAUCAAAUUGAGCCACUCAAAAUUAUUGUCAUGAGAACAGCAGAGACUAGCAA